GGAACUUCCACCUUUCACUUUUGGAAUACCUUGCAGACUCGUUGUAUAAAGGAUCGACACAGGUUGGAGAAUGGCAGAACUUGGGUGGCAGAACUGGUAUUGUUCAGUCAGGAAGAACACUUUAUCUCUUUAUCCGUUCCGGAAAACUUACCUUUUUGUCGGAAUUAUACGAAGUAGUCUAUCUUUCCGAAGUGCACCAACGUUGAUUGCGGACAGACCGAGAACUACAGUAGACCUACGCUAAAAUGGGUUCAAUCAGCUUUUGGAUGUGCUUGGUCAUGACGAUUUGCACCUGGAAUAAAACCAUCGGAUGCACAUGGAUGAAGACACUGCCUCGGUCUCCGAGCAUGUUCCAAGUGUUCAGCAACAACACCAUAACGAUGCUUAAGAAAAUGGUAGGAUAUAGGGUCAUGUUUAUUCACUUGUUCCUGGGUCAUGAAGUCUCUCGAGGACCUCAGAUCACUUUCCCUGACAAACAAUACAGACAAGUCAAUAAUUUCAAGGCUGACGAACAGAUUGCCUUCAUUUCGCAUACUCUGAACGCUAUAAAGAAAUUGUAUAGCAGUGGUAAAUAUGAGUCCACCGCCUGGGACCAGAAAGGAGUUGACAAGUUUAUGAAUGACCUCUAUCGCCAGACCUCGGAGCUGGAUCAAUGCGUAAAGGCUAUGAAAACUAGACUAUCAAAAUCUGUCAACAGAGUGAACAAAAAGAUGAGCCUUCACUUCAAGUUCCUGAAGCAUUACUUGAAACGCGAGGAUUACAGCGCAAGCGGCUGGGAAGACAUAAGGACAGUGGUGCUGGUACACCUCCAAAGACUAGACACAACAUUAAGUAGCCAAUGAGCGUUAUGUGUGUGUUGUGUACAUAUUUGUUAUUUAUAUAUAUAUUUAUC